GAACUGUGCGGACUUUAUAAUACAAACCGCACCACUCCGAAAGCAAUGCACAAACUUCAAGGCAGUUGCCAAGGUUCCUUUGGGUCCCUCCUGGCCAGCGGCUCAGGCUCCGCGGGUCAGAAACGAAACUUAACUGGAUCCCCGCCCCCAGCGCUGAGAGGCAGUUUCGGUUUCCAGGCACUGGCCCUGGCCGCUUGUCCCUAGGGUGCCUCCUAGCCUAGAAAAGUCCCCUCUGCGCUCAAAUCCAAAGCGACUUUUGGGGAGCCAGGGCGCCCAUCGCUCGCGGGGAGCCACAGAAUGACAGCUGAACAGCGGCAGAAUCUGCAAGCAUUCAGAAACUAUGUCAGGAAGACUCUGGACCCCACCUACAUCCUCAGCUACAUGGGUCCCUGGCUCCAGGAUGAGGUGGUCCAGUUCAUCCAGGCUGAGAAAAACAACAAGGGCCCCAUGGAAGCUGCCUCCCUGUUCCUCCAGUACCUGCUGCAGCUGCAGACGGAAGGCUGGUUCCGGGCCUUUUUGGAUGCCCUGUACAGUGCAGGUUACUGUGGACUUUAUGAAGCCAUCGAAAGUUGGGAUUUCCAAAAACUUGAAAAGUUAGAGGAACACAGAUUACUUUUACAGCGUUUACAGCCAGAAUUUAAGACCAGAAUCAACCCAACAGAUAUCCUUCCUGAAUUGUCUGAAUGCUUGAUUGGACGAAAAGGGAAAGUGGUCUUUUUUGCUAAUCAAAUUCCUGUGUAUGAACAGCAGGCAACUGUGUUCUCACGCUAUUUUGAAAGACUUGGGUACAGCGUAGCGGGCGUUUCUGGGGCAAGGGCUGAUAAUGUCUCAAUGCAGGACAUUAUCGAGAACAAAGACAUCAUCAUCCUCACGCCCCAGAUUCUUGUGAACAGUCUCAAUGAUGGAACCAUCCCCUCGCUGUCUGUCUUCACCCUGAUGAUCUUUGACGAAUGCCAUAACACCAGUAAACACCACCCGUACAAUCAGAUCAUGUUCCGAUACCUAGAUCACAAACUCGGAGGGUCGCCAGGCCCACUGCCUCAGGUCAUCGGACUGACUGCCUCAGUGGGUGUUGGAGAUGCCAAAACUGUAGAGGAAGCCAUGCUACAUAUCUGCAAACUCUGUGCCGCCCUUGACACGUCCGUGAUCGCCACGGUCAGAGACAACGUGGAGGAACUGGAGCAGUUUGUUUAUAAACCCCAGAAAUUUUUCAGGAAGGUGGAAUCACGGACUACCAACACAUUUAAGUCCAUCAUAUCUCAGCUGAUGAAGGAGACAGAGGGACUGGCAAAGAAUGUCUCCGAGGAACUCGGAAAAUUAUUUCAGAUUCAAAACAGAGAAUUUGGCACGCAGAGAUACGAACAGUGGAUCGUCGCCGUUCACAAAGCCUGCAUGGUGUUUCAGAUGCCGGACAAGGAGAAGGAGAGCAGCAUUUGCAGAGCGCUCUUUCUGUACACGUCCCAUUUGCGGAAAUACAAUGAUGCUCUCAUCAUCAGUGAGCAUGCCCAGAUGAAAGAUGCUCUUCAUUACCUCAAAGCCUUCUUCCACGAUGUCAAAAAUGCAGCAUUUGAUGAGACUGAGCAAGAUCUUACGCGGAGGUUUGAAGAAAAGCUGGAGGAACUAGAAGAAGUUUCCAAGGAUCCCAGCAACGAGAAUCCUAAACUCAGAGACCUCUACCUGAUCUUACAAGAAGAGUACCACCUAAAGCUGGAGACCAAAACUAUUCUUUUUGUGAAAACCAGAGCACUUGUGGAUGCUUUAAAGAAAUGGAUUGAAGAAAAUCCUGCACUCAGCUUUCUAAAGCCUGGUAUAUUGACUGGACGUGGCAGAACAAACCAGGCAACAGGAAUGACACUCCCAGCACAGAAGUGUGCGCUGGAAGCGUUCAGAGCCAGCGGGGAUAACAACAUCCUGAUUGCUACCUCGGUGGCUGACGAAGGCAUUGACAUUGCGCAGUGCAACCUGGUCAUCCUGUACGAGUAUGUGGGCAACGUCAUCAAAAUGAUCCAAACCAGAGGCAGGGGAAGAGCAAGAGACAGCAAGUGCUUCCUCCUGACCAGCAAUGCUGACGUCAUCGAGAAAGAAAAGGUGAACAUGUUCAAGGAAAAAAUAAUGAAUGAAUCCAUUUCAAUGCUUCAGACAUGGGAUGAAAUGAAAUUUGAGAAAACGGUUCAGCGCAUACAGUUGGAUGAAAAGUUCAUCAGAGAUAGUCAACGCAAGCCACAGCCGGCCCCCGAUAAGGAAAAUAAGAGAUUGCUGUGUGGGAAAUGCAAGGCCUUUGCGUGCUACACGGCUGACAUCCGAGUGGUGGAGAAAUCCCACUACACCGUGCUUGGAAAUGCUUUUAAGGAGCGCUUUGUGUCUAAGCCGCACCCUAAGCCAAAGAUCUACGACAGUUUCGAGAAGAAAGCAAAGAUAUUCUGUGCCAUACAGAAGUGCUGCCACGACUGGGGGAUCCAUGUGAAAUAUAAGACGUUCGAGAUUCCCGUCAUAAAAAUCGAAAGUUUUGUGGUGGAAGAUAUCGCAAGUGGAGUUCAGAGGCGGCACGCAAAGUGGAAGGACUUUCAUUUUGAAAGAAUACAGUUUGACCCUGCAGAAAUGCCCAUAUGAAAAGCCAGUCGGGUGAUGGCGCACGCCUUUAAUCCCUUAAUCCCAGCACUCAGGAGGCAGAGGCAGGUGGAUCUUUGUGAGUUCGAGGCCAGCCUGGUCUACAAGAACUAGUUCCAGGACAGGCUCCAAAGCUACAGAGAAACCCUGUCUCAAAAAAACAAAACAAAAACAAAACAAAAAGAAAGAAAGAAAGAAAAAAAGAAAGAAAGAAAGAAAGAAGUGCCCAAAUGACCUCGGGGCUCCUGAGUCUUGCAGUCCAGGAAGCAAUGAUGACCCAAUCCUGUCUUACACAAGCCUACACCGUGUGGAAUGCCAGAUAACCUGAUGUUUGUUCCAAGCAGUUCUCAUCCACACAGAGCACGUGUGCAUGACCUGCAGCACUGAAUACUUUGGUCACCAGUAACUCAUAGCACGUGGCAGUGGGGUGGGGGGGCAUGUUAAAAACUUCCCUUUUAUACUUUUCAGAACUGCCCAUGAUGGAUGAAGUGCCUGCCACAAGCUGGCUUUGCCCUUAACAAUCUACCGAAUUCUGAAUUCGUUCUUUUCAAGGCCACCAGACAGACUGUCAAGUCCAAUGGGUACUUUCUGAUUCUUGCAUUGGACUCUUCUUUCCCUGCUUUUGGCUGUCACUCACAUUCUGACACAAGUAUAGGUGACUGCAAGGUUCAAUAUACACACAUGUGUGUACUGAAGUGACAUAUACCUUUAAAAUUUAGAACGCUAUAGCAGACAGCUGAGAAGGUACCUCUGUUCUGCGCUUUUGCUAUGCAUCUUACUCUAAGAUCUGUC